GCGCGUGAUUGCGGCCCUCGUAGCGCAUCAUGUCUUCCAACGCGAUUGCCAGCGACUCGUGGUGCCCCACGACCUUCACCUCUGCUUACUCCUGUCAUCUGCAAACUUGCUCAGCACGAAUUCCUCAUCCCGAAGCGCUCCUGCAAAAUAUUCACAAAUGUGAAAGAUAGCACAUGUCAGACAUGCCGGACCCGGGUCUCUCGCAGUUCACGACAGUGUUCCGCGCUUCCCAGUCGCGCCGAAUCAAGCGCAACAGGCAGCCCGUGUCAUGCACCGCCUGUCAGAAGCGCAAGUCGCGAUGCGACCGCCGGCAGCCGUGCGCCGCGUGCGAGAAGAGAGGCGACGGGCCAGGCUGUCAUUUCGGCCCCGCCGCCUCUGCCGCCGCCGCCGCCGCCGCCAACCUAGGGUCCAACCGCACCGAGGUGCAGAACCGCCUGAGCAAGCUGGAAGCGCUGGUGAAACAGCUCGCCGAGGAGCAGACGGCCGCCAGGAACGGCACGCACGUCCAGGAUGGCAAUGUCGACGUGCAGCCCUCCCGGACAGAGGACGCGGCGCGGCUGGAGUAUCGGGGGCCGACGUCGUGGACCUCGGUGGUCGACAAUAUCCACGACAUACAGAGUGCGCUCGAGGCGGAAGACAACGACCAAGGACCAGAGUCAGAUGUCUUGGACGUGACAGACAUUGUGUGCGGGUCAUCCAGGACGACGAUGGAUGAGAUCUUGCGGGUUCUCCCGCCGCGCACAGAUGUCGACAAGCUCAGCUCGGCCUACUUGAAUGCCAAGUUCAUGUCGAUCCCUUUUAUCCAUCCAGGGCAGUUCCGCCGCCAGUACGACAAGUUCUGGGCCGACCCGGCCUCGAUGAGCAUGUGCUGGAUCAGUAUUCUAUUCUCAAUCAUGAGUUGUGGGAUCAAAAUCGCCCUUGUCAAGACCAUAUCGCUGUCCUCGGGCGGCCCAGAGAGCCAGGAUGCCUUGUUGUACAUGAAUAUGGCAGCCAAAUGCCUCGUUACGGGCCAGUACCUCAAAGGAAGCCCGCAUUCCGUGGAAGCCCUCAUUACGCACGUUCACUCGCGGCACAUUCAUGGGCAGGACAGUGACGCCACCUUGUGGACGAUGUUUGGCACCGUGGUCAGGAUGGCGCAGCGCCAUGGCUAUCAUCGAGAAGCACACAAGGUCUCUGCCAAGAUAACCCCCUUUGAAGCGGAAAUGAGGCGCAGGGUGUGGUUCACCAUCAUGUCCUACGAUCUGCUGUGGUCCAUCCAGCAGGGGAUGCCGCCAAUGAUCCACGAGGACACUUGUGACACUGCUCUCCCUUUGAACCUGGCCGAUGAAGACUUUGACGAGGACAGCAUGGCAUUAGUGCCGCGGCCAGCGACAGAGCCACUGCCCAUACUGGCCUACAUUACCAAGUAUCGACUGAUGCAUAUCCUCCGCCCCAUUGUACGACACGCACUCGACAUCAAACGUGAAACGGCAGCCGACGCGGCAGCGUUGGGCACCGCGCUGGACAAGUGGCACGAGAGUGUCCCGGCGUGCCUCAAGUACAGGCCCAUACGCGAGUCGUCCUUCACCGACGCCAGCCACACCAUCUAUCACAGAAACAUGCUCGAGAUGACGUACCACACCUCUCGAUGCGUGCUGAUGAGAUCGUUCCUGUCGAGCCGGAGCCAGUCCAGCAUCUACACGCAUGCCCUUGCGAUUUGCCGCACGUCGGCGCUGCAGCUUAUUGACAUGCAGGUGGACGUGCACCGCGAGACGCAGCCUGGCGGGCGUCUGUACGAGGACCGUUUCAUGGUGUCCAGUCUUUCCCUGUUCAGCUUCCUGAUAGCAGCCAUGAUCCUUGUUCUGGAACUGCACGACUGCGACCAGAUGCCCCAGGAAGAGAGGGCACAUCGCACGCAAGUCUUGCGUUCGGCGCAGACGAUGUGGGAGACCCGAAGCGACACCUCGGCCGACGCUGCGCAUGUCAACAGAAUCUUGAAAGCCAUGCUGCGCCGUGUAGAUUCACAAGACUGGCAGUCAGGGUCGGACACGCUGGGUGAGACGACACCUGCCCAGGAGGAGGUGCCUGAGAAGGCGUCUGAGAGUAAUCCGUGGUCUGACGGGGUCCUGCCAACAGAUCCCCACGGAUUUUUAGAAGGCAGCGUCGAAUUUGAUGCAAUGCUGCCAAUGGAGAGCUUCUUCAACGAUGUUGAAGGACUGGACUGGAACUCUAUCGACAGCUAUCUACGAUAUGACCCGAUGGAGAAUUUGACCAUGGGAGAGACAUUCCCCUAAAUGGGUCCUUGAGCAGGAGUUUUUUCCUUAACCCCGUGAGCCAUCGAUCCCUCCUCGUGGACGUCGGACUUAGCCGUACACAUAUUACCCGAUUGGGAAAUAUUCAACCCCGUCUCAGCCGCUCCGGACGGACUAUCGCCAUUAGACUCACGGAGAUGUCGCGCGGUGUAAUGCAUCGAUCCAGU